CCGUUGCCGCAGGGGAUGCGCGGGGCCCUGCGGCUGGUGCGGUUCCGGGGGGCCGCGGGCGGGGGGCCCCGGCUCGGGCUGGAGGAGGCGCCCGGGGGGGACCUGGUGGAUCUGAGCGCGGCCGAGCCGACGCUGCCGCAGUCCAUGCGGGAAUUCCUGGAGCUCGGCCCGCGGGGGCUGGAGCUCGCCCACAGGGCGCUGGAGUCAGGGCAGCACCGGGUGCCCCGUGGGGCCACGCGGCUGCUGGCGCCCGUGGGGGACCCCGAGAAGCUGAUCUGUGUGGGGCUCAACUACCGCGACCACUGCCAGGAGCAGGGCCUGAAGGUGCCCAAGGAGCCCAUCAUCUUCAGCAAGUUCCCCAGUGCCAUCGCCGGGCCCUUCGAUGACAUCGUGCACCCCCAGGACAGCACCGAGGUGGACUGGGAGGUGGAACUGGCCGCUGUCAUCGGGAAGAGGGGCCGGCACAUCGAGGAAUCGGCGGCCCUGGAGCACGUGGUGGGGUUCAUGGUGGCCAACGAUGUGAGCGCCCGGGACUGGCAGAUGCGCAACGGGCGGCAGUGGCUGCUGGGGAAAACCUUUGACACCUUCUGCCCCUUGGGGCCAGCCCUUGUCACCAGGGAGGCGGUGAAAG